UUGUUCUAGCACUUUGUAUUUUUAAAUUCCUUUUCCCUCUUAAGUUAUACCUACCUUCUCUUUCUUUGAACAAUAAACAGAUUUCUUUUGGAAGCAAUUUCAUACUUUAUACAUUAUUUGCGCUGUUUUGAGCUUCACCAUGUCUUGGAAUUUAAUAGUUUGCAUUUCGACAAAGAAUGCAUUUGUAUGGUCCCUGUACCCCACAUUAUUUAUUAUUCUAAUGGCCUUUUUCUGUAUUAUAGUUAUCAUUUGUACGUUACUUUUGUAUGUGUUUCCCCAGACCUCUACACAGUAACUCAUAUAUGGCAGUAGUAAAGCACAGUAUAAUAUGUGCAGGGCUUUCUGAUCCAACAUCUUUGCUUUCCCCAGGAUGGCAACGACCCGUGCCAAUUUCCCCCGGACAUAAAUAACUGUGUGGCUUCCAACAGAGCUUAUGGGAAUGUCUGAGGAGGCUGUCCGCCAGACACGCAGCCAGAAGAGGGCGCUGGAGAGAGAGGCUGCUCCACAGUCUGUGGAACACCCCAACACUGACAUUGAAAGCAAAAAGCCCAAACUGGACCCGUCUGAACCUACAACAGAGUUACAGACUAAAUCUAAGCCAGGUCUUUUACUGGCAGAGAACGAUGAGAGCCGGACUAGAUCUGAAUCAGACAAAGCGCAGGAGUCGGAACAGAACCGGUUUCCAUUACCUUUAGAGUUGCCUUUGGCUUUCUCACCAACGAAGGAUGAUCAGGAUCGGACACAGAGACAGCACACAGUUGAGCCCAGCCUGGACAAUUGGACCGACUGUAAUGACAAAGCCAACAAGGCGAGGACGGAGCCGGCUAUGGACACACCGAGCCGGGUUCGGCAGACGGAACCGAAGGUAUUCACUGGCAUGCUGGCUGCAGGAGAGGUGAAGGCCACCAUUAAAGUAGAAGUUCAAACUGAGCAGCCAGUGGAUAUGAGCACCAGCAGAGGCAGUGUAAAAAUGGAGAAGCGCCCUCCAUCCCCUCACGAUGACGACGAUGUCAUCAUCUUGUCCGAUGACUCCCCAAGUCCACCGAUGAACGGCCUGAGCCACUUCAAAGAGCUGGACACAGAUCUGCUCAUGAGGAGCAGCUCAGCAGAGAGGGAGCGCAUCAUAAAGGAACUGAAGGAGGAGCUGAGAUUGGAGGAGGCCAAGCUGGUUCUGCUGAAGAAACUCCGACAGAGCCAAAUCCAGAGGGACAACCUGCAGAAGCCCUCUGGUGUAUCGGGCUCCUCUGCACCUCCUCCUUUAAUUCGAGGAACGAUUGCGAGCAAUAAAGGCUCUCAGCAGGUUUUGACAGGAAGAAGUUCAAGCACGGUCAUUCCUCCACCUCUAGUUAGAGGAGGCCAGCAAGUGUCUUCUAAACACAGCUCCCAGAUCAUCAUGCCACCUCUGGUUCGGGGGGCACAGCCCAUCUCUGUAUCUCCACAGCAGAUCCAGGCUCUCCGCCUGCAGCAACAGCAGCAGCAUUUGGCUGCAUCUUCAGGAUCAGGACCUCCUCCUCUGCUUCUGGGCUCCAGGACAUCAGCCCCUGCAGGCCAGGGCCAGAGAGGCAUGGCCCAGUCAGGCCUCAUCAGAGUGGGCAGUGGUGCCAAUGCACUGGCCUCUGGUUUGAAGGGCUCCUCAGGUAGCAGCAGCGUGUCUGUGGUAAGCAUUAAUGAUUCUCCAGCCAGCCGUCAGGCUGCAGCAAAACUCGCCCUGCGGAAGCAACUGGAGAAGACCCUCCUGGAGAUCCCCCCACCCAAGCCACCCGCCCCAGAGUUUAACUUUCUACCCUCAGCUGCCAAUAAUGAGUUCAUCUACCUGGUGGGACUAGAGGAAGUGGUGCAAAAUCUGCUUGAUACCAUCCACAGAGGAAAGACGGGUUUACCGCUGUCCAAGUCCACGCUCAAAGACCCUUUCAUCUGCACCCAGUGCAAUACUGACUUCACCUGUCGCUGGAGGCAGGACAAGGCUAAAGGCGGGGUAGUGCUCUGUGAAGACUGCAUGUCCUCCAAUCAGAAAAAGGCUUUAAAAGCCGAGCACACCAAUAGGCUGAAAGCUGCUUUUGUUAAAGCACUACAGCAAGAACAAGAAAUAGAGCAGCGCAUCAUUCAACAGACAUCUUCACCACUCUCCCUCAGUACCUCAUCAUCCUCUUCAACUGCCUCCUCACUGAAGGCAGAACAGCUGGUGUCUCAGCAGCUGAAGCAGGUUAGAGUGUCCUCCCUCCAGCACCACCAUCAGGCCAGCCGGGGAGCCAACGUUGUUCACCAUCACUCCAUUAAGCAGAGCUCGCUGGGCCACCUGUCCCACGGUAUCACCUCAGUGGGGGUGAGAGGCGUCCCCCACUCUUUCUCGUCCUCCUCCCAGCUGCAGAGCGCAGUGGCUGCCGCAGCUUUGGUCAGCCGGCCAGGUAAGCACGCCCAAGUUUCCCGCCGCUCUGUCCAGAGUUCAAAGGUGAGCAGCAGUGGGAUCGGCGGCUGCAGGAAUAUCAGCGGAGGUAGUGCCUCGUCCACUGCAUGGAAGAAGCAGAGCAACAGCAACGCAGGUGUAACGAUGGCAUACGUGAACCCCAGCCUAACGGGUCACAAAACCUCAGCGACCGUGGACGCGCGCCAGAGGGAAUACUUGCUGGACAUGAUCCCCUCUCGCUCUUCGAUCUCCCAGACUGCAAACACUUGGAAAUGAACAGAAAAACAACACUCAGCUUUUCAGAAUUUGUCCACAAGUUCCUCAGCUCUGAUAACGUGGCACACAGCGCCCCCUGCAGGACUGUUAAGCAUCUACAAUCUGAAAGUGAAGAAACGUUCCUUAAUUUCCUUUGUAUAAUUUUACCUUUUAGUUUUCUCCAUUUAUGUUGUUUAUUUUUUUGAAGUUCACGUUUUGUAAGAACUAUACAAAAACUAUUUUGACUUGGGUGAGACAAAGAAAAAAAAAUACUUGAAGGGCUUCCCCUGAGCUUUGUCCUCAAGACUGGAUAGUUACAUUGUGAGUUGGGAGGCUAUGUCUGCUGUGAGUACAUCUUUAUAAAUGAGUACUCUGCUUUAGGCUGCUUAGCCUUAUUUUGCCAUUAUAUGGGUCAGAUGGACCCGUCAUUUUGACACUUGAAUGAUGACAUAGUCAUAACUCAAAAGUUCACUUUUUUUAGGUAAGAAAAAAAUUUGUAAAAUUUCCAUUUCAUCACCCGUAUAGUUAAAGGUUUGAAUUUAUUUUAUAUUUACAGUAAAUUAUUUUAUUUUGGACUGAUGUUAAAAAUCACUCGGUAUAAUGUGGCUUCCAUGGAUGAAGAGUUCAUUCUCACUCGCUUUUUAUUUUUAUUUUUUAUUUCCUGUUUGACAGCAUGCCUAUCCCUGCGCCUGUUUAGCAGCUGAAAAAGCACUGUGUCAUUGCUCAGCUCAUCUGUAAUUACCAUCUGUAAUUUGCUUAUUUUAUAUUGGUGUCACCUUUGUAAGCUCAUUUGUUUGUAUUCCAUAACGUGGGAUAUAUGCAACCCUGAGGCGGUUAGUAGAAAUUAAAUGACAGCUACAAAGACUUGGGCUUACACAAGGACAACUUGAAUCCAUCACCAUCUUGUAUAAGUUCUCUGCUUUCAAGUAAUCUUAAUUGCAUUGUUCAAAGUUGUGUUCCUUUGGUUUACUUUUUUUUCCUAGCUCCUUAAGAAAUAAUAAAUAUAUAAAUUUUAAAUAUC